AUGACUGAAACAAACCCAUCCUGUCUUUUAUAUGGUCCUGGAGACGCUAGAUUCGAAGACCGACCAGUUCCUCAGAUUGAGGACCCAUGCGAUGUGAUAAUCAAAAUCGCCUACACGGGUGUUUGUGGCAGCGAUGUUCACUUCUGGACCGAAGGUGGUUUCGCACGAAGAGUCUCUGAACAACAGCCUCUGGUGAUGGGCCAUGAAGCUUCGGGAAUUGUCCACAAAGUCGGCCCAGGCGUUUCGCACCUCAAGCCUGGUGACCAUGUAGCCAUCGAACCGGGCUUCUCGUGCAAAAGCUGCAGCUACUGCAAGUCUGGAAGAUACAAUCUCUGCCAGAAAAUGAAGUUCGCCGCAGACCCACCAUCUACUCAUGGGACGCUUUCUCGUUUCUUUAAGAUCCCUCAGGACUUUGCUUACAAACUCCCUGAUUCUGUUAAUCUGGAAGAGGCUGUUCUUGUGGAGCCUCUGAGUGUUGCCGUCCACGGUGUUCGUCUCGCCGAUGUACGGCCUGGUCAGAGUGUCAUAGUCCAAGGAGCGGGGGCGGUUGGUUAUCUUACUGCAGCAACUGCUUUAGCCUACGGCGCUAGAAAGGUUGUCAUUGCCGAUAUCAAACCCGACAAACUCGAGUUCGCAAAGCUGGGCCUCCAAUGCCAUAUAUUUCAGCCAGACUCGAGUUCAACUCCUGAGCAAGAAGCAUCCCGGCUUAAAAAAGAAGCAGAUCUUGACCAAGGUGCCGACAUUGUCUUGGAAUGCACAGGGGUUGAGUCUUCAGCCCAAACUGGCAUCUUAUCCCUAGCAGCCGGUGGUGUUUUUGUGCAAAUUGGACUCGGCAAGCCUGUGCAGUCUCUGCCUAUCCACGCUAUGUGUGAGAAGGAGAUUGUGAUUAAGACUUGUUUCCGUUAUGGCUCUGGUGAUUUUGAAAUUGCUCUGGAUUUGCUUGAAACAAAUAAAGUUUCUGUUUCAAAGCUGAUUAGCAGUAUUGUACCUUUCGAAGAGGCCCCUGAGGCGUGGAAGAGGACAAUGAGAGGGGAGGGAAUCAAGAAUUUGAUCCGUGGAGUACAAGACUGA